AUCCGAAAAACAAGGAGACAAUGCCAAAUGCCCGCACACUGUGCAGUUGUUAAUUGCAGCGAUAAAUAUGUGCAUGCGGGCAGCAUAUCGUUUCACAGAUUUCCAUUUAAGCGCAAGGACUUGCUGCAGAAAUGGAAAGAGUUCACGCAGCGCAGUGGCCAGUGGAUGCCCUCCAAAUGGAGCGCCAUUUGUAGUCGCCACUUCGUGGACGCCGACUUCAACUGCAGCAACAAUCGGAAGACAUUGAAGAAAAAUGCUGUGCCAACAGUUCGGAUGCCAGACGAUGCAUUAAAUGUGCUUGUGGAGCAGGUGACGCGGCCCGCAGUGGAGACGCAGCAGACCCCAGCAACUGGCGGCACGAGAAGCACCUGUCGCUUCUGUGGCAUUGCAGCGCUUAAUUGCGUGUCGUUUGACAAGAGCUUCGAGCUGUUUGCCAUGAUCCAGAAGUGCUUUCCCACGCUGCAAAUCCUCCAAGAUGACACUCUGCCCCUGCCGAAGGAAAUCUGUGGCGAUUGCUGCCGUCAACUGGAGCGUUUCUCGCAAUUUUGCGACGUUGUGAUUGUCGCCCAGGGUGAACUCCAGCGCAAAUAUCGGCGACAGCUGAAGAUCAAGCAGGAGCCGGUGGUACGGGUCAAACAGGAGGCGUGCGAAAGUCUCGAGAAUCUGUUCCCAGACGAGCUGGACAUGGGUUUGGACGAGGGCUGCUGUGACCAUGAGCCGGAGACGAACGACGAGACAGAACAAAAGUUUCAGUUCUGCAAUUUUCCCAUGCUCAAUGCCCAGGACAUCAUUAACAACUGCGACAUUAUGGAGAUUAUCAAUCUGGACGAUCCGUUCAUCAACAUAACAGACGAUGCAGAUGUUGUCCAGUCGCAGCCCGUCAAUGUCCCAGUGCUGCCGCAAACGGAGCUGCUCAGCGAGGAGCACAACUAUGCCAAAGAGGACUGGCAGCUGCCGCCACUACAGCAAUACAAAACGGAGAAGGUGGAGGGCGCCGAGCCGCAGGAGCAGCCGUUAACGCAAUCGCAAUCGCAAGCCAGUGCUCCAGCUGAGGCGCGCAGCUGCAAGCCCAUUGUGACGAAUGUCAGCGAGAUACCCAAUCCGCUGAUCUGCGAACUGAUGCCACAACCAGCGCCACCACCAGUGGCCAGCACCAAGCCCAAUAUUGUGGUGCUCAACGACAGUGUGGUGCAGUCCUCUGCCUUUCGCCUGCACAAUUGCACCUUCUGCACCACGAAGUUCUUCACAGCUGAGAGCCUGCAGCAGCACUAUGCUCUGGCACAUGCCACGCCUGCUCCCGCGCCCGCGCCCGCUCCCGCGUCAGGUCCAGCGCCCACAGUCACGCCUACAUCCAUGCCCAUGGUCAGCGUGCCGCCGCCCAAUCUCAAUCAGACAGCUCACAGCUCACUCAAGCUGGAGUGUCCGCCAGCUGCGGCGGGCGCUGGUCUGCCCUUGGCCGCCCCCGUUGACUACUGGCAAUCGGAUUGGCUGCCGCCGCAACUGCCAGCCAAGAAGAAGAUCGAUAUCCUGGACAUGCAGCGCAGUUUCCUGCAAUACAAUGAUCUGAUAGCUGAGCCGGCAAUCAGUGCACCGCAGUCUCAGAACUACGCGUACGCCAAGCUGGCCGCACGCUUCAGGCGGCUGCAGAACACGUGUCGCCAGCUGCGCACGAAUCAGAAAUCUUUGGUCAACUCGCGAGCCAAUACUCGUCUGCGCUGCGCCCGCUGUGAGCGUCGCUUUGCCAGCGUGCAGCAGCUGCUGGGCCACAAGCGACGCAAGCGGCAUUUUGGGCAGCCACCGAAGCGCACCUUUGCCGUCAAGUGCUUUGGCUGCCUGCGGCUAUUCUGCUCGCGGCUAGGUCUGCGCCAGCACAUGCGCUACAUCUGCCAGUCGCUGCCGUUGCGCAAUGCCCGGCUGCAGAGCUACAAGUGCCGGCACUGCCAGAGCAUUAGCUUCACCCACUGGCGUUUUUACAGGCGGCACGAGCUCAAGUGCCGCCAGCGGCAGCCACCGAAGCGACUGGCCAAGCGGCGCUGUCAUCCAGCUGGUCCGGCCGGCCAUGCGGCUAAACGAACUGUUCACAGCUGCAGCGUCUGCCAGAAGACAUUCAGCUCGCUGACCGGACUGAAGCAGCAUCGCAUCACCCACAGCUCGGAGCGGAGAUACAAGUGCAGCAUCUGUGAGCGAGUCUUCAAGCGGCGCAACGGACUCUCCCAGCACAUCAAGGGCUAUCAUCUGCAGAUGAAGCCGCACCAGUGUCCCGUCUGCCAGCACCGCUAUGCGCUCAAGUGCGACAUGCUGCGCUGUCGCCACUCCCAGCGACGCGGCGCCGCCCUCAGUGAACUUGAGCCAGCGAAGGCGUAAAGCAUUUUGGAUGUUCUAUGCUUAAAAUGCUUAACUAUACUUAAUUUACAGUAUUAAGAGUAUGUUGCUCUAUGCUGAAUCCAAAAAAGGACACUUAAGAUUGA